CUUUAACGCACUCUCUUUUUUACACACUGCAUUACUGUCCUGGCCAUCUCUUUCUUUAUUUUAUCUACAAAUCGCAUCAAAGAAACCCAUAUCAUAUCUCAUCAAAACAAGAAAACAAGAUGGGGGCCCAAUUCUCGCAAUUCUUCCCCCCACGCCCGACCUUCACCCUGGCCGACGUGCCCUCGCAGCAAGGAAAAAUCAUCAUCGUGACCGGUGGUUCCUCAGGGAUUGGGUUGGAACUCGUGAACAUGCUAUACAGCAAAGGAGCCACGGUUUACAUAGCGGGCCGAUCGGAAUCCCAAGCCCAGGCCGCCAUCGACCAAAUCCAAGCUACGGCUACAACUACGACGAAAGGCCAAUUGCACUACCUCUCGCUCCAUCUCGACGAUCUGACCACCAUCAAAUCCGCCGUCGAAACCUUUGCCGCCCGAGAAACCCGACUGGACCUGUUGAUCAACAAUGCCGGGGUCUCGCAGCCGCCGCUGGGCAGCGUUUCAGCCCAAGGGAUCGAGCUCCAACUCGCGACCAACUGCCUGGGCCCGUUUCUCUUCACCCAGCUCCUCCUUCCGCACCUUAAGGCUGCUGCUGCUGCUGCUGCUGCUGCUGCAAGCUCCGACUCCCCCUCGAAACCAAUCGCCCCCCGCGUCGUCUGGACCAGCAGCCAAGUCGCCGAACUCUCCGCGCCCCCGGAAGGCAUCGUGCUCUCAGAGCUGCAGCACCCGCCGCGCGAUGCCGUCCGGAACUACGUGACCUCCAAAUUGGGCAAUUGGUUCCUCAGCGUGGAGUUCGCACGUCGCUACGGGAGCGGCUCGGUCUCAGCCUCGGCCUCCUCGCCGCUGGUCAGCGUCGCCCAGAACCCCGGGGCCGCCAAUACGAACCUGCUCCGCAACGCGCGGUGGAUGAAGCUGCUCUCGUGGCCGCUGCUGCACAAGCCGGCGCUGGCGGCGACCACGGUGCUGUACGCGGCGCUCGCCGAGGAGCUCGACCGCCCCGAAAACAACGGCGCGUAUGUGAUCCCCUGGGGCCGCAUCCAUCCGGGGGUGGCGCCGGGCUUGGCCCGGCAUCUGGCGGCGGAGGAGGAGGGGGGCUCCGGGCGGGCGAGGGAGUUCUGGGAGUGGUGUGAGGAGCGGACAAGGGAUUAUUUGUAG